AUGUCCGGCCAGGUGCUAGUAGUAGCCCCGCACUUUUUGAACCAACAAGGCGUUCCUGUAAAUACGUCAGCAGUCGUUGGGAGUUACCGGCACGUACGCGAUCGUCCAAGUAGUGAGCUACCGACGCGACUUGGUAGAAGGCUAGGCAGAGGCGACGAGUCGGCCCCGGCAGCUGCGAAAAUGACGGCGUUGACAAUACGUCUAUCGUCCGGGCUGAGGGCGAUGACGGGGAUGAUAGAACUGUCGGCCAAUAGGGUAGAAAUGAGCUUGGAGUGGAAGACGGUUCUUCAUGGCAGGAAGGCUGCAUAA